CCCCAAAAGAACCCCAAAACCUUUUAACAUAAACAAAAAUGUCAAUUUUCCCGGUCAAGAAACCAAUCCCAUUGGCUACUUCACAUCGCACGCGGAUCGCAAUCCGUUUAACUCUUUCAUACAGAUUCUUGACCGUCGAUAAUCCAAUAAUCCACGACCCACAUUUUCCCAACCAAAACUGCUAAAAGCAAAGCACUUUCCCCUUCUUCUCCAAUGUUACCCACUAUAAAUACCCAUCCGAGUGCUCGCUCUCUUGACAAGCUUCUUUCUUGCGGCUCCAUAUUUUCUCGGGAAACAAUCACUCUUUAGUUUCUUUGUCUCUUCAAUGGCUCGCACCAAGCAAACUGCAAGGAAAUCAACAGGAGGGAAGGCUCCACGUAAGCAGCUGGCGACCAAAGCUGCCCGGAAAUCAGCUCCGGCGACUGGAGGAGUAAAGAAGCCUCACCGUUUCAGGCCAGGGACUGUGGCAUUGAGAGAGAUCAGGAAGUAUCAGAAGAGCACUGAGCUUUUGAUUCGCAAGCUUCCUUUCCAGAGGCUGGUGAGAGAAAUUGCUCAAGAUUUUAAAACCGACCUUAGAUUCCAAAGCAGCGCUGUUGCGGCCCUUCAAGAAGCUGCGGAGGCGUAUUUAGUGGGGCUUUUUGAGGACACCAAUCUCUGUGCUAUUCAUGCUAAGAGAGUCACUAUUAUGCCUAAGGAUAUCCAGUUGGCUCGUAGGAUUAGGGGUGAAAGGGCAUAAAUUCUCUUCAAGUGUAUGCCUUCGUAUGAUUGUAUCUAACUUUCCAUCUAUACUACCUCUGGGCUGUAAUUUUAUGUAUUUUGGGUUUUGGAUGCGUUUAGUCUACCAUGUAAAAUUCUCUGGAGAUUUUAUCGAGUAAUUCAAAAAUGGCUUUCAAA